AUGGCCGAGUCGUCGCCGCUGCUGAACGGCGAGAAAGGUCGCAGCCGUAGUCAGCGCGGGCUGGCAAAAGAGGCGGACGUGGACGUGGCCGAGGAGUUCUGGGGGCUCACCUGGAUGGCGCUGCAGGUGUCGCUCUCGACUUUCGCUCGUAUCGCGCUCAUCUCGGUGGACAGCGCGUUCCUGGGGCAUCUGGGCACAUCGUCGCUUGCAGCUGCGUCGCUGGCAUCCACGUGGACGAACGUACCGCUCGCCGGCGUGUGGUCCGGCGCAACAGCCCUCAUUACGCUGUGCGGACAGGCUUGGGGCGCUAAGAACGGCGAGUUGAGCGGCGUUUGGCUGCAGAUCGGCCUCGUCGUGGUCUCUGUGCUGUCCAUACCUGUGUUUAUCUGGUAUUGGAGUAUCGGAUACGUGCUGCAGCUGUCUACAGAUGACGCGGAAGUGGUGCAGCUGGGCGUGCGCUUCGCCCGCAUCCUGUCGCUGAGCAUCUGGCCGUCGCUAGUCUACGCCUGUGUGCGUCUGUACUUCCAGUCAAUGGGCAUCAUGUCUCCUGUCACAGUCGUCGGCACGCUGUCUAUCGGCAUGGCGUGCGCGGCCAACUACGUGCUCAUCUUCGGCGCCUUUGGCUGGGGUGGACUGGGCUUUGACGGCUCGCCCAUGGCCACAGUCAUCGCGGCCUGGUUCCAACCCAUUUCUCUCAUUUCCUAUUGCAUUUUCUAUAAGAAGAUGCACUUACAGGCCUGGGGAGGCUGGGAUACGGGUGCUUUCACUCCCGACCGACUCAAGAUCUUCUUGAACAUCGCUGGACCUGUCGCGGCCAACAGUAUGGUGUCCAAUCUGGCCAAUUCCGCCUUGACGUUAGUCGCGGCGAAGCUCGGAUCGGAUGUUAUCGCUGCCAACGCCGUGAUCUCCGGUCUCUGGUCGCUGCUGUGGGCGCUCUUCUGGGGCUACGGCUCAGCUACGCAGAUCCGUGUGGCCAACUAUCUCGGCGCUGGGCGUCCCAAGGCUGCGCGUGUGCUGGGCUUCCUGGGCUUCCUGUGUACUGUCGGUACAGUUGUGGCGCUAGCCAUCGUGACGCUGAUGCUGCGAGAAAUGCUCUUCCGUCUGUACACGAACGAUGACACGCUGCUGCAGUUGUGUAUGCUGGUCCAGCCGAUCUUCAUCACUGGCUACAUGAUCGAGUCGCUGGAGAUCCUCACGUCGUCGGUGUUGGCGGCUAUGGGCGAAGUGGCGGUGACUGCGUGGGUCAGUUCGCUUAGUGUGUGGUGCGUUGAGCUCCCGAUCGCGUACGUUGGCGGCGUCACCAUGGGCUUGGGCUUCUCUGCACUCUGGUACGGCGUGUGCACGAUGGAGGUGCUGAAACUCGCCAUUUUCUCGUUCGUUCUGUCACGCACAAACUGGACGGAGAUGGCGGAGCGAGCGGUGAAGAACAUGGAGGCCACGAGUGACAGCGACACGGGCGUGGAGCGGGAAUCACUGCAGCUCGCUAUGACAGAAGGCGGCAACACGCCUGGCAGUCUGGCGCCUGUCGUCCGCUCGCCUGCCGCUCCUGGACUGAUGACGCCGUCGGGUCGACGCCGUCAAUGGGACCAGAUCGAGGACGGCACAUUGCUGCGCUCUCCUUUCUUCGGUCGGACGCCUCGAUCGGGCACUUCGCUCUCUCAGGCUUAG